AUGGCGCUCUUGAGUCCGAGCUAUUGCCUUCAAUGCAUAGCUCCCUUCCCAACCCCCACUGAAAACCCCGUGUUUACGCAUCAACUAUGUCAGCUCCCGUUUCCCAUGCGUAACCACCUGCCCCACCUCCCCAAAUCAUCGGCUAUAUCCACUGUACGACAAGUACGCGGUUCUUACAACUUGGACAUAACGCACUACGCACAAAUAAUUCAUGUGCUUCCACCAGCCUCUGGGGCAAAAAUGUCUGCUCUUCAGAACUUGGUGGAUUUAACGAAGCUCAUGCAUUAUCCACCGUUCGGAGAGAAGGAAUUUGGAGACCCAAAUCUGGCGUGCCGCCUGUCAGGUGUCUCUUAUCGGGAUUCUACGAGUGAGGAGAUCUAUCAAGAUCACGUGCAUCUGCACGAUCGCACAAAACUCGCAUGUCAUGAGGGACAACGAACGACGGCAAAAAUUCGGAAUGGAUCCUGA